GGUUAGGAGAGGAAUUUUUCAUGUCAUAUACAUAUAAUACAUUUUACAAUUCAUAAAUAACGAACACAUUUAUGACGUAAAAGUAAGUUCGAGUUGACAGCGUUGUUUGCCGACAUCAGUUUGGGAAAGACACCCAUUUCUGAAACGAUGAAAUAAAUUUUAACUCGGUGUGGACCUGGGUAAAGGUGAUCAAGGCUUGAGGCUGCACUGAGUGCGUCAGUGUCCGGGCGGAACCUUUGUCCUGAGCCGCUGUUUGUCCUGUGACCCGGUCCGUACGCUGAACGCUUCCGGGGGGUGGUGGAGAUGGCGUUAGGCCGCGCUGUGCGGCUGUGGAGGUUUUUGCUUUCUUUACAGCUAAAAUCUUCUGAAAGAUUGCUUCCUGCUAUGUAUCCUGUGCACAAUGUGCCCAGGCGGAACAAUUCUAAUAGAACUUCGGUAGUUCGCUGUGGAAGACAGGUUUAUGCCAGGCUCUAUCCUGUUUUGCUGGUUCGACCUGAUGGAUCCACUAUCAAUAUUCGAUACAAGGAACCUAAAAGAAUUCUUACAAUGCCAGUUGAUGUUUCCCUUCUGCCAGAAGCUGAACGGAAAGCAAGAAUGCGCAAACGUGAUCCCAAGAGAUCCAGAAUGAAAGAGGAGCAAUAUGAAGAUGAAUUUAAAAUUGACAAUUAUAGCCAAUUCUGGAAGAAAAAGUAACCUUUAGGAUUUUGAAAUGCAGAACUGUCACCAGACUGCUUAAUUGGCGGGUUGAAGCCACUGAUACAUUGACUAAUGUACAAUGCUAUUGUGUAAUCACUGAUGUGUAGUGGUUUUAUUUGUAUGUUCUUAUUCAUUCGUGUUCUUGACAUCAAGUUUGUUUCUAUAGAAAAGCCACGGAAUAAAUCCUGUUUUUAUUUCUAA